ACUUUAAAACCCACUCCUAACCAACCUACUUUCGGUCGUCAACUUCAUACAGCAACUUUAUUGCCUGAUGAACGGAUAAUUAUGAUCGGUAGAUUCUUUAGUUCAGAUGUAGGGCAGGUGGCAACAAAAAAUGGAGUUAUUCCCCCCAUUAGUUUUCACUCAGCAACUCUAUUAUCCAACAAUCAAAGUAUACUUAUAUAUGGAGGUGUCAAUCAAACAGGAUAUCAAUAUUCUGGUCUAGCA